AUGGACAUUCCACCAUCUACACCAUCAACUCCUACGAUGAUCCACGUCGAAGAGGAAGAAUAUGAUCAGUUGCGCAGUUUCUAUGCAAAAAAGAGGAGAGCGCCAAUGAACCAGGUGGAAUACGACGAGAAAUACGGUUACCAAAAGAGACUGAAAGACGGUGGAAAGUUCAAAAAGCGGUCGACAAAGGUAGCCAGCCGAUACUAUGUUCCAUUCACUUCCGUCACCAAUUUCAAAAUAUUUCUAUUGAACUUAUUUCCAAUAUUUGGAUGGCUCCCCAAAUAUGAUUGGAAAAAUUCUUUGACGUCUGAUGUAGUGGGAGGUAUUACUGUUGGUGUUCUACAGAUUCCUCAAGGUAUCGCAUAUGCAAUACUAUCCCGACAAGAUCCAAUUGUUGGACUCUACACUUCAAUUUAUCCCGUAUUCUUAUACAUUUUCUUUGGAACAUCCAAGCAUGCAAGUCUGGGAACAUUCGCAGUUGUGGCUCUCAUGACAGGUUUAGCAGUUGAACGUGAAGCCUUUAUCCCGAGUGAUAACUUGAAUUCAACUCUUCUUCCUGGCGAUGAAGCUCUCCCAUCUCCAAUUGAAGUGUCUUGUGCUUUGGUAUUGGGUGUUGGACUGAUUCAGUUUUUAAUGGGAGUUUUCCGAUUACAAUUUCUGACUACUUACCUUUCUGAUCAACUAAUUGCGGGAUUCACAACGGGGUCAGCAGUUCAUGUACUUGUUUCCCAGUUUAAAGAAUUAUUUGGACUGAGAGGAUUAGUAAAACAUAGUGGACCGGGAUACCUUAUCAGGAACGUUUAUGACACUGUCACCAAUUUGCCAAAGGCAAAUUUCAUGUGCUGCGCCAUUUCGCUUGCUACGAUGAUUCUUCUUCAUUGUGGAAAAGAAUAUAUAAAUCCAAUCAUGAAAAGGAAAAUGAAAUCAAACAUUCCAAUUCCCUGGGAGUUGGUGGCGGUUAUAAUCUCUACGAUCUUUGUUGCACUCAUCGACGCGAACGAGUUGUAUAAUGUGAAAAUUGUCAAUAAAAUUCCAACCGGACUUCCCGAACUAUCACUACCAAAUCCAAAUCUCAUUCCACGAGUUCUUCCAGAUGCAAUCAGUAUUGCAGUUGUAGUCGUAGCUGUUCAUCUUUCACUAUCAAAAAUGCUUGCUAAAAAGUAUGAAUAUGAAAUAGAUGCUGGACAAGAACUUUAUGCUUUAUCAUUUACUGCAAUUGGUGGAAGCUUCUUCCCAACAUUUCCAACAUCCAUAGGACUGGGAAGAACAAUGGUUGGAGUUGAAUCAGGAGUCAAAACACAAGUUGCCACUUUCUUCUCUUGUUUAUUUGUUUUAUCUGUCAGUCUUUACUUUGGACGAUUCUUAGAAACAUUACCAAUGUGUGUUCUGUCUGCAAUUAUUGUAAUUGCAUUGAAAAGUAUGUUAUGGAAAUUGAGAGAUCUUAAAGGAAUAUGGAAGUUAUCGAAAAUUGAUUGUUGCAUUUGGAUGGUUGCUUUCUUUGCCACAGUACUUGUUGACGUUUCCGAAGGACUCUUAAUUGCAAUUUUCUUCGCAUUAUUUACAACAAUACUUAGGGAGCAAUAUCCAAAAUGGCAUCUGCUCGCAAAUGUGAAAGAUACUGACGAGUUUAGUGACACUCAACAAUAUCAGGAAACUAUAUUCUACAAAGGAAUUUGCAUUUUCAAAUUCGAUGCUCCAUUACUUUUUCAUAAUGUUGAAUGUUUCAAAAAAUGUAUCGAAAAAGUGUACGAUGAAUGGAAAAAGUCUUCUGAAUUUAAUUUUGUGAAGGAGCCAAACGCAGGCAAGGGAAGCAAGUUUACAUUUGAAGGAAUGCAUAGGAUUGCUCCAAUUACUGAAAUACCACUUCAUCCAGGCAUCAACCGUGACCCAAUACUUCCUCGUCAUUUUGUAAUUGAUUGCUCCGGAUUUACAUUUAUCGAUUUGAUGGGUGUUAGUGCUCUCAAAGAAGUUUUUUCUGAUCUCAGAAAAAAGAGAGUACAGGUUUACUUUGCAAGCACAAAAGUACCGGUGCGAGAAAUGUUUGAAAAAUGUAGUUUCUUUGAUUUUGUAUCGAAAGAAAACUUCUAUCCAACUCUGAGAGAUGCAACUGGAAUUGCACGAUUACGACAAACUGAGUUUGGUUCUUUGGACACUACAAGUAUACCAGAAUUUGAUGAAAUAUCAAAUGUGACCAAUAAUUAUCCAACUCAAUGACAAAUUGAACGAAUUUGAAAGUUUUCACUCAAAAAUGAAUAAAAAAAUAUAUAAUUCUU